CCAUGAUCUGACUAGCCGUGUAUAUGUACGUGAACACAUGGGAACACAGGUAUAAAGCUAUAGCUGUACGUGUACGCACCUGUCACAAGAAUGUAGCCUGGUCAUGCAAAAAGCUGAAGUAUAAUAAAUAACUUAAGCCUGUUAGAUGUAGUCAUAUUGCGGUGGCUGUAUGGAGAUCGAAAACAGCUGCCUCUCGGAGGUUUCUGGGAUCGAAGGACGCCAUGUCAUCUUGAGGAAGGGCCAUGUCACUCAGGAAGAGGCUGCAGCAAAGAUCUGGCCGUCCAAUUGGAAUUUUCUCACCGGUUCACACAGAGAUCUCGUAAAGGAUGAAUUCCCCCAGGCGAGAAAGGGGAAACGGGAAAUCCCAACGCUUAUUCAAAUAAGGCCUGUUACACCGAUUGAAGAGUACAUCAAAGUUCAACCUUCGCCUCGGCCAUUUCCGUCAACUACCUCGCAGCAAAUCGGAUGGCGAUCUACCCGCACGGAACACAAAUUAGAGAAAUAUGGGAAAUACGCCAAACCCAAAGGUGGUCUAGUGAAACAACUAAACUGGCCUCAGGAGGCGGUGGACUAAGUGCUUCAAAUGGCUAGAGAUUUUAAAUAAUUUGUAUUAUCACUACAGUAUGAUUGAUUUUCAUGUUAGGCAUCAGACAAGGUUGCCGUUUCUGCUAUAUAUAAUUCAUGCGAUUUGCCGAAAGCUUUUGAAGGUUGACUUUCUUAUGAAUAUAUGUAAAUUGUUUAAAGCCCUCACUGUAAAAUGGAUAUGUCACAUCUCUUUCUCUCGUGGAGUGUUACCUUAACGACUGCGUUCUCCGCUCUUGUAGUUUAUUAAUGCAUUAUAAACGAGACAUUUUAUACACUGAAAACCUCUGGACCAUCGAACAAAAUUCGAGUUAUCUGCAGUUCUGGAUAAGUGGGUAUUAGGAUGAGGAAUCUAUGGAGGCAUAAAGUUUGAUGUUUUAAUCGAUAAUGAUUUAAUGGAGUUUGGGAUAAUGGUGGGAUUAGUGCUUUAAUCAUUUGCUGGCCAUGGUUUAACCUCCAUUGGUGCAUUUACAGUAACCAGCAUAACCGAUGAGUGCUUUAUGACUGCAGAGUGCUUUAUAAGACAGCUAUGUCGGAAGAAGGACCACAUUACGUAUCGCAACUUUCAUAAAAGAAAUAACGGUAAAACAGAUACUUUAUUUGUUUAUCCCUGCGUCCGGUGCCGGAUUAAUUCUACCCGUGCAAAGCAAUUAUUCACUUGUACGAGUUCAGUGCUAUAUAUUUCCAAGUCAUUUAUGAUAUACUCGAUGCGAUCAAUUAAUGUUCACAAGAAAGAUAGAAUGACGCACAAAAGAAACUUUACGCUUGGAGCUGUGUGGUUAUUAGUGUUGCCUUGGCAACACGUACACAAUGUUUGUGACUUUAAGUCACAAUCAAAACACCUUUAAAUUUUUUCCGUUGUUUUUUGGCAAAUAAUCACCAAAAACAGGUGUAUUUUCUUUUGUACGUAAGUAAUAUUAUAAAUACUUUGUGGCAUUUGUGAAAUCCUAAGAUUGUUUUCCGGAAAAGUCGGCAGAUUUUGAAACACUCCCCCCAAAAUAACCUAAAAUCUUCAGGGAUCUUGAUAGUGGCUGACGUGGUGAAUGGACAUCAUAAUAAACAACGGCACAUGUUGUCAGCUGACUCAGACCCUUGCCUGGAUAAUGUUUGAAAGUAAGUUUACAUCUCACAGACAUGAGCUCCAUAUGAAAUAACCUCUGAACUUAUCGACCCCUCAAAGAAAUUUCUGAAACGAAUCUUCAAAGACCUUAACUUGCAUUGAUUCCAUUCAGUGUGGAUCUUAAUUGAACUAUCAAACUUCAAUCUAAAUUCUCUUGAUAUAAAAAGUGUAGCUUUGAUAUUGAAUUGAAACGAUAAUUCUGCUAUCAAGCUAUGUUCUUUGAAAUUUAGAUAUCAUUUAACGCUUGAACAUGAAUCAUAUUUGCUGGUGUUCUAGUUCGUGUGUUACCCAUUAAGUAGUUUUCAUUUUAAUAAAAUAUAAAUCGACUUGUUAAAGUGCAAAUUAUCCCCAGAGCACGGACAGAGUGAUAUUGAUUCCAUUAAGAGUCUUAAUAUUUAUUCCUCGCUUAUUCAUUGUUACAUCGUAAAGAAAACGAAAACAAUAUACAUUUUUUUUAUUUAUUAAUUCAGUACGUGUAUUGAUAUGCAAAACGUCCAAAGUUAUUCCUGUGCUUUGUUGAUAAAAAAAGUUGUCAUUUAUUAAAAUGAAUUAGAAUUUUAAAUUAAUUGAAAAACCCCACGGGAUAGUCUUCAUUUUCAAUUAAAAUCAAACUGCAUUCAAACCAUCGAUCCACUUGCAGAUUCUCGAAUGAUGGUAGUAAACAAAUUGUAUGUGGUUAUUCGAAUGUAUUUGGGUAAUAAUUUAUCUAAUUGAUGGAAACAGCAGCUUUGAAUAACUGCAUUGUCACUUGCGACAGCGCAACGGCGGCCGAUCCAGGGGGUCUGGGUUACCUUGUUCAUACUGCAUUACGGAGAGGGUCAUUACAGCGUGAUUUGUUUAGGCGCGGUAUUCACAUAUUGUAAUUUUCUAGCCAUUUUCACACCUCAUGUUUACAUUAACAAUAAACAGUCCUUUGACGGGCGUCUAUUGUUACGUAAUAAUGACCAGCUGAUCGGCCUCUGUUCCGCGUUUGCAUCAAGGGGGAUUAAUAUUGAGGCAUCAACAGCCAUUAUUACGAUUUAACAAUACACUAAACUAAAUUCAAAGAUCCAGACAAUCAACCAUGCGCGAAAACAUUUAGAUUGAGAUGAUGUUGGUGAAUAAAUGAUUUUCAAAGGGUUAGGUUAUUCUCUGCUUCCAAGCUGUCGGACCUAAAUAUGUCAGGUAGAAUUAGUUCAGCGAUGACGGUACAAUAUGUAAUGGUGUAACAUCAAAUAUAGAAUUAUUGUUUUGAAAAUAAUAUAAAUAGAACAAGAAUUUGUUGAUAAUCAUGCCUAAACAUGAUCGGAACCACCUCGAUGAUGUAUCGGGGAUAUUGGAAUGUCGUUCACCACGUUCCUGCAAAUGCGGUGCCUAUUUUAUCGAAGAAUGUUUUGCAAGGUUUUACGAUUUUAACAGCAGUUGAUCAAAAUGGUCUUGGGCAUUGUUGUAAGACAGUCUCCUUAUUCAAGUGAAAAUAACCCACGUUAAACACCGCAACAAUUGGUAACCGAAUCUGUUGUGCUGUUCUAAAUAUAGAGCUUAGUCACCACGUCUGCUGAUCAAUAUGUAGAAUUAUUCCUUGUAAAAUUACAUAAACACCACCUGAAGUAUUAUGUUAUGUUGCGUGCGGUGCCUAUGUCUGUAUUUGGUCUGGCUUCGUCAUCAGGAUUGUCACAAAACGUUCUACUGUUAGGCAGUCAGAUACACAGCGCAUAACAUUUGUCGGUGGCCUUUGACCAAUGAACUGGACUCUGAAAUAAUUGGAAGACCUGGACUGAUGUUGAUAUCAUCCUUAUUUGGGAAUCUACAGAACAAUAAUUGAAGCCAAAUCCAGCUCGCGUGCAGGGCGUAUGCAGUAACUAAUCACGUGAUAUAAUUGACGUUUGAAAAUGCUCUAUGUAACCGAAUCUCAUUACUUUAGCCCUCAUCGUGAAAAGAUAUUCGUCGACAACAUUCGAAUCACUGGCCAUGUCCAAUUUGAUUAUUUUCAACCACGGAGAAGAUUGUUAUUUCUCGUCGAUCCUAUCUUCGUCUGGGAACUGCAUGCAAGUUUUGUUGAGAUCAGCGGUCAGGAAAAUGUGAUUUUUUCAUAACGUGAGAAUACGAUGCUGUGCGUCUGAUAUGAAAGACUUCUAGUUAAAAGAACUCUUUAAUCUUAAUUCAUAAGGGGAUUUUUGCAUUUAAUGAGAAGUAUUAUUUUUGAUUAUUCUUCAUAAAUGUCAAAAGAAAGAGGAUUGACGUAAUGCAAUCUGCUCGUUGACUCUACGCCGGGCUGUUCUAUAUUUGGUGAAAUUUACAAUGGCGUUCACGAAACAGUCGGUAGUUGUAAAACUCAAUCACCAUUGAGAUAAAAAUCAAAACACUACAUUAAAGAUAACGAUCAGAAGAUGUCCCCGCGGACUGAUAAACAUGUAUAUAAAAUAUAGAUAAUUGCCACAAAGGCUGUAACUUUACUCAGCACUGUUCAUCAACUUCUAUUGAUAAAUAUUUACUUUUUUCAUAAAUAUAAUAAUUGCACGCGUAUAUAUCUAUAUAAAGCUAUUAUUAUUAUUAUAAUAAUUUGAUUGUUAUUCUUUUGUUGUUGUAUACAUUAACUCAAAGCAUUUUCAAAUGAUAGAAACCGUCCGUGGUUAUCACAUUCUCACUGAAAUAUAAUAAUCAUGUAAUGUGUAAUCAGAUUUUAUAAAUAAAUAAAUAAAUAAAUAAAUAAAUAAAUAAAUAAAUAAAUAAAUAAAUAAAUAAAUAAAUAAAUAAAUAAAUAAAUAAAUAAAUAAAUAAAUAAAUAAAUAAAUAUUUUGAACUGGCCCCAACAUGUGAUAAUGUAAUCAGAAUAAACAAGCAAACAAUAUUUUGAACCAGCCCAUGUAUUCGCAGUGCACGUGCUGUUUGAGCGAUGUAAUCGUUGCAGACACUACAUUUGUAAUGCAGGUGCUUGUGUUAAUGCACGAGAUUAAACUGGUCAAUAAACCAUCAAUUCGCUACACAUCAUCUACAGCUGAAACAACAGUGAUGUAAUUGCUAUGUUUUAACCCUCGAUACAAAACCUGUCUUCAACCAGAGAGUAUCGUUUCAGAAUAAAAGAUCUGAUCUUGAGAAUGAAGAUCUAUACCACUGAUCUGAAAUACCUACUGACUUGCCUUGUAUGCAAGAGGAAGUCUGUACUCACACACCUAAUGUAUACGACAAGUUGCCAUCAGUGAAAUUACAAAUGUAGUGUCUCCAAGGCAGUGCACAAAGGCUGUUCUAAUCAUAUCCCCAUUUAUCGCAGACACACUUCAAUUUUAAGGCCAUAUAAAACUAAUGGUAUAAACAAUAUUAUAAAUAAUAAAAUGUAUGUGAUGAUAAACUGAAUCUAUUUUCAAGCUAUAAUGUUCUCCAUUAUUUAACUCCAAUCCAUAUACUCUUAUGGCAUUAGUAUUAUAGCUAUCGCAAUCAAUAAGAACUUGGGCUUUCCUUCUCUUAUGUAUCUUGUACCAUCCGGUAACGGCACUGUUUAUAACCAUGCGAUGUAUUUACUACAGUGUUAGAUUAUAGACACUCGUCAUAUCUUUGUGCGAUUAAGGAGGUGACGCGCAAGAUUUUCGUUUGGUACGUGUAAAAAAUAGGUUUCAUCAAAUUAAGCUGAAGAAAAGUAUUCCUGUAUCAGCUGAAAUAUUUAAUGGUUACUUACAAAGGGACUAUGUCCUCAUCGACCUGCUUCCAAUUUCCGGCAUGGACGUAAAUAGUUCCUUAUAAUGGUAAAACAUGGUCCAUUUUAUUUUGGGUAUUUGUUCAAUGUGCGGGUUGAUAGGGCAAUUGGUUCGAGUAUAAUACCCCUUUAAUAUAAACGGGACCAGCAUUAUGGUUUAAAGUCUUUAGUAACCCUAAGACCCCUUUGUGCAACCGGAUCCAACGUAUAUCAUUUGCUAGCACCACUGUAUUAACAUAGAGGUUAUUAAUGAAUGUUAUUAAUGGGAUAUAUCGUAUAACUGGCACCGAAACGAGUGGAAUUCUUUGUUGCCGUGGUAACGAUACUCACUGGGUUAUGCGCACACUGGUAUGUAAACGGUCUUGUCAACAGUAAUAUGUUUAGUAUGUGUUACCAAGGUUACCAGCCAGUAUUACGUCACCUGCCUUUGUUGUCCGUUUUGUUGACAAUCACUACCUCUGUUAGAUAAAGCUUUCUUAAAAAACA